GUCCUAGUGAGUGCUGUAUAUGCAGUAUCACUCUCAAAGCCUCUCCUCAAACGACUCAAGUUAGAGAUACAGCACUGCGUUGAUUUAACAGGACGAUCAGAUCUUGCACAAUACUUAAAGUUUGCUAUAGCUCCCGUGAGCACACCCAGUCUUCCUUACCAGUUCUCAAUAGUCAAAGGAGGAGAGUUUAGCUCAAAUAGUGGGUAUGGAUCCAUUCAACGUAAUAAGUUCUGUUUGGCUUGUAUACUGGGGGAAGAAUGGACUAAUGGAGACACAGGAGAAGGAGAGGAGGAGGAACAGCAACCACAACAAGUGGAGAAUGAGAAGGAGGAGGAGGGAGACAAAGAGAGGGGAGAGGAUGAUGAUGAUAGUGAAAGUGAUGAUACCAGCAGUACUCCACCAGGGGCUAGUGGAGCAUGUAAAGAGUCUACUACUAAAGAGACUAACCUCCCAACCAAUAUACAGUGUCUGUUGCUGGUCCUUCUACUACACCAAACACUGAUCAUGUUAACAAAGUAAAGCCCACUGGUGUUAUGGAGGCUAUGACGUAUGCUGGUGUGAUUUAUUAUCAAGAGAAAGGUGUAGAGGAUCUAGUGACGUUUGCUGCAGCCAGAAACUUGAAUGCUCUCAUUGAGUUUAUUAUAAGUGAUUUUCCCAGAGCUGAGAAAGGACAGCAUGUUUAUUUUCGUUUUAAAGAUAUUAAUGGAUGUAUUGAGUUAAAGUUUGAUGCUCCACAAGAUGAGCCAUUCACUGGAUGGGAUAUUAAACCUCACAUGAAGCCAUGUAGAUUACAUCGUUGUGAUGUGAAUAGAUUUGGUGAAGCUAAUUAUCCUCUUCCUCCAUCUUGCUUGAUAUCCGUUCUCGGUUCACCUGAUGCUGUCCCUACACUACAUUACUCCAUACCACUGGAAGGUGUGGCUGAUCCUGUUUCAUUAUAUAUCCACAGAUCACUACGAAGAAAUCCUCCUCCUCCUCCUUUAACAGAUCCUACUACCUCCUCCUCUCUAAUACAAUUACUGAAGCUGAAGCUACUGCAUCAUCCACUGGAGGAGCUAGUGCACCAGCAACUGUUGAUGUUGAGAGAGUUAAGAGAAUCAUUAAUGAUGUUCUUGUAUCUCGUGAUGCUGCACUCAAUUCUCUUAUAUCAUCUCUCUCAGAUCUUGCCAGUCAGUUAUUUUCAGUUGUCUCAUUACUGA